GAGACAAUUUUUGUCUAAUUCUAUUGGUCGAUGAAUAAAGUACAUCCGGUUGUUGAUAGCGGAAGUGUUUACUCGGGAGACCACAGGGAUUUUGGCUGCAAAAUUCUGCAAAUUAUCCUAAUUCGCGGUAAAUUGUGCCGUUCUAGAAAUACCUACCAACUUAUGGGUUUUUUUUACUGCUGGUAUGUCGGAAUAAGAAAGCUACAAUGGACACAUCACCUUUCUACGGCGUUCCGCCGAUUGAAAGCGACGACAGCUGCCUCAGCGACAGCGACAGCGUCAGCGACAGCGACGAGCACAACAGAGCAACGCCAAGUGACGACAGCAGCGCCGACGAAGACCCUGACUGGACUGACGAUGCACCUGCGCGCACCAGCGCUGCUACGACGAGAAGGGUGUCGGCCGCUGCUUCGACAAAAUGGCAGGAAGUCGGGUGGGACUCUGUUCAACAGCAGACCUCUGCAAAACACUACCCUGUCUGGCAAGGCACCCUUCCAGAUGCGGAUGAAAUCAGAGAACCCGUUCAGUACUUCCGAGACUUUUUCGACGCUGAACUUUUGGAAACAAUUUCGCAACAAAGUAACCUGUAUUGUGCACAAGAAAAUCCCAACAGUGCCCUGAAAUUGGAUCCCAGUGAGCUGGAGCAGUUUAUUGGCACUGUGAUGUAUGUAAGUGUUAUACAUUUGCCAAGGUUACGAAUGUACUGGUCCACUGAUUGUCGAAUACGGCAGGUGGCCGAUGUGAUCUCCCGAGACCGAUUUGACGAAAUUACAAAAUUUCUUCACUUCAACGACAACAACAACAUGGCGGCGAGCAACAGGGACAAGCUCUUCAAAAUCAGGCCAAUUGUUGAUUCCCUUCUGCAAAAAUUUCAGGCUAUCCCUCAAGACCAAAUGCUGUUCAUUGGUGAACAGAUUGUCCCUUUCAAAGGGAGAUCCUCUCUAAAGCAAUACAUGCCCAAGAAGCCUCAUCGAUGGGGAUAUAAAAUCUACGUGCUUUGUGACACAAAAGGUCUGGUGCAUUCGUUUGACAUAUUUACAGGCAAAACCGCUGCUGAACACGGAGAACCCGACAUUGGGCCGACUGGAAACAUCGUGCUGAAGCUCGCACAAGCCAUCCAGCGUGCUGACGAUCAUCUGCUCUAUUUUGACUACUGCUUCUCUUCCUUGGAUUUGUUCGCUGCGCUUGCGAAUAAGGGGCUUCCAGCGCUUGGGACGGUGCAGCAGAACCAACUGCAAGGGUGCUGUUUCAGCACCGACUCCGAUAUGAAGAAAAAGGGAAGAGGGACGUUCGAAGAGAAGAAGGUCGUCUUCGACGGUGCAGAAUUGAGGGCAGUCAAAUGGUUUGACAGUAAGGGAGUGAUCGUUGCCAGCAAUUUCCCCGGUGCCCAUUCUGUCUCUAGAGUGAAAAGAUGGGACAAACAGUUGAAACACAACGUCUUUGUGACAUGCCCGAGCAUCAUUAGUCUGUACCACAAGUUUUUGGGAGGCGUCUACGCGCUCAACGCGCAAAUUGCGUCGUGUCGCAUCCAGGUCAGGUCAAAGAAGUACUACCACAGGUUCUUUUUUCACUUUGUCGAUAUGGUGGUUGUGAACAGCUGGCUGUUGUAUCAGCGGGACUGUGAUUCUCUGGACGUUCCAAAAAAGGAGCGGAAGGACUUGCUUGCUUUCAGAACGUCAGUGGCGCAAGCGCUCUGCAUGCAGUUCAAUGAAAUCUCCAGCGUAAAGAGGGAAGCGCCGUCACCUGACGUGGAAAGGGAAUUGCAAAAGAAGAGAUUUCGGGGUCCAUCUCGGGCUCUUCCAACCAUGGAGGUCCGGUCAGAUGCCGUGGGUCACUGGCCAAUGACUGACAGUGAGCGGCAGCGCUGCAAGUUCAAUAAAUGCAAGGGCCAGAGUGUCUACAAAUGCUCGAAGUGCGGCGUUCACCUGUGCCUCAACAAGAAAAAUAACUGCUUCAUAGAAUUUCACAAGUAACAAUAGUUUCGUUCUGCAAAUGAAGAGACAGCCAGACGAUCUCCUUCGAUAUUUUCUGCUACAGAGCAGAAAUCAUGGCUGCAUCAAUUACCAGCAUUAUGUUUGACUGUAAGAAGUCUUGUUUUUCCUGUUUUCUUUUUUUAGCAAAACCAGAAGAAAUCUGUCAGGCAGACCCUCAUUUUUACCAGCAUUUGAAAAUUAGUUCAGGUAUGCGUUGCGACUACAUGUGUAUCCGUUCUAAUGAUUGAUCCGGAUCAAUUUUCACUGUUUGCCGUCUACUUAAAAACAAAAUUAAGAUUUUCCGUAAAAUGUGCAGUUGGCGAUUUUGAGAAGCUGCACAAUAUUAAAACAAAUUAACAGUUAAAAGUGACUGAAAAUGAAACCUGUCGAUACGAUACCAUACAUAGUUGUAAAAUAAAAUGUUUUCCAAUGUUUAUUUAUUUAUUUUUUUUAAAUAAAAAUCUAAAAUGUGAUGUUCUCUUAUUUUUCCAAAUCUUAAAAGGCUAGUACUGCAGAAAAAAAAUCCACACAACACCACAUUUAUUUUGUAUUUUUAUUGAUGUAAUUAUCCAUGGUUUUAAUUUUUAUCACUCAUCCAGUAAUAAUCAUGGCUUUAAAAUAAACUGACGUCCCUAUCAUCCAAAGUCACCCUCCUCCAUUUAAACACGCAAUAGAAAAAUAUAUACUUAAUACUUUGUACAAUACUGGUUUUGGUCCAAACAAAAGUGGAUCAGAAAAGCCAAUAUACCUUUUACUCAAAAAGGUUCUCCAAUUUGCAUUUAAGCUCCUUUUAAAUGGAUUCGGGCAACUUUGAAUAUAGGAAUUUUACAUAAUAAAUUCUAAAGACAAAAAUGCUGAAUGCAGAGUCUGUAACACAAAAUUCAACUUCACAGAUUAAAAAAAAUAUCACUAUUUACAGGCUUUUAUAAUAUUCAAAGGCCAAUUAAGAGAGUCAGAGAGGGUGAGGCAGACAGAGAGGUGUAAAGGGAACGUUUCAGGAAUCAGGAGGAGGAAGGGCGGGAUCUCGAGAGACGAGAGGGCACAGAAAGCAGAGUCGUGGAGCGAACCAGAGCAAAUCAAACAUGUAACAAGAAUUUUCAAACUACGCA